CCAUAGUUAGGAUUGAACAACUGUCAAAACUAAAUAAGCAAGCAAACAUUUGGGUAAUAAUUGUUAGGUUAUUUACAGAAACAUUUCUGGUAAUCUGAACUACUUGUUUAAUUUGGGCAUUUCUGUAGAGAAACUGAGGUAAACAAAGCAAUGCCAAAUAAGCAUUUUAGUUUAAUGAGUAAAACAAUUUUUGUACUACUGCAUAACUUAAAUACAACCAUAAUUCACUAUUAUUUUAUUAUUACUUUCAUUUUUAAACGUAAGUUGCCAACAAUAUUAUCAGAAUCAGAAAAAGCUUAAUUGCCAAGUAUACUUAGGAUACACAUACAAAGAAUUUGUCUUGGUGAGAAAAGCUUCCAGUGCACAGACAGAAUGACAGUGACCAUAUACGGUGGUGACUUUGAUAGGUUUUUAUUAAUGAUAAGUUGAAUGGGUUUAUAAUCGUUUAGACAGACUCAGUUGGUUUCAUGGCAAAUAGCAGCACAGUUAAAAGUAUUUCUAAUAAUUUGGACCUUUUAUUGAAAGUUACUUUUACUUGUUGAGACAUGCCUUCAUAAUUAAGCACCUUUAAGAAGCUGUGAUUGUGAUGUUUGAGUAGAGGAAGGCGUCAUGCGCGAAAUGGGCGUUUGCAAAAUGUGCUGUAUGUUUGUAAUUCUGCUAGGUGGCACUAUUGUCACAGAAACUACACAGGCUGAAAUUACUUCACAUGGUACAGCAGGACACGGACAAAACGAGCUCAGCUGACAGACAAGAUACAACAGGAAGGUGCAGCAACUUGCCUAUCUGCAUCUGCUCUUGGAGAGAAGAAAAAAGAGAGAAAGCAUGCCCUGUCUGCACACAGAGUCCCUGCCCUCUUUGCCCGCUGAAGGCAGGUAUGGAGUCACCUCAACCCGCAGGGGGUCUCAAGGGUCCAGGUCCAAAUCUGGUAAAAAAGGGAAGAAUGGAGAGAAGGGUGCACGUGUGGAGAGGAAUGACAGCGAGAAAGAACAGAGUGUCAUAACCAGUGCUGGAUGGUUCUACUCACCGCUCUGGACCCCAGGUACCAAAACACAGAGACUGGGAUUCAGGAUGGGAAAGGAAAGCGAGAGAGUGAAGGCAUGGCUGGAUGAUCAUUCAGAUUCUGCCAGGUCUUACUUUAACAGAUCUCCAAGAUAUUGGUUGAACGGCUGUGUAGAAAGAGCCCAGGCAGUGCAAACCCUCAUAACUGAGCCAAGGUCUAGGAUGACUAGCAGACGCAGGGUGUCCCACCCUAUGUGUGGGCCCUCUCGAGGGCUUGUGCAUCCUGCCACAAUGGAAAGACCACACUCCUGCUUUUCCCUCCAUCAGAUUGAUAAUCCUGAGAGUUUGGACCACUGCGAGGGGCUUUCCCCUCAAUCACUGCAGUCUACACACUUUCCAUUUUCACCUUGUGUGUCAAGGUCAAAGUGUUUGCCACAUUCUCUGAGCUCCUCAAGUCCAGCAGGACAGUGUAGAAGAGGAGAGUCCUGUAACUUCAUGAUGCGCCUCGUUGAUGGUCUGAGUAGACCUCUACAGAUCAAAAACCUCUGUCUUCAGGUCCUACAACAUCUCUGUGAGAUCACUCAGGCUCAGCGCUGCUGUCUCUCAAUGACAACGGUGGACAAAACAGGUGUGAAGUGUUUGGGUCCUGUCUUCCAAUCAGAUGAGGAGUCUGUCUACGGCUACACACAGGCAGAGUGUUACAAGUGCAUUAUGGAAUAUGUGGUCAGCACUGGCAGGCCUCUUAACAUCAGGGAUGCCUGUGAGGAUCCAAGAUUUCAGAUUGAACCGUAUGAGAGGGAAGAGGACAGACCAAAGAGUAUUCUCAGUGUGCCCAUCCUGAACCACAAAAAGGAGGUUAUAGGUGUCAUCAUGGCUGUGAACAAAAGCAGGCCGGGCAGCUGUUUCUCUGAGCAAGAUGAGAAAGUGCUGUCGUCACACAUGGUGUUGUUCGGACUGAUCCUGGAAAACAGUCAGCUGUGUGAGAGUUCUGAACAAGAGAGCAAACGCAACCAGGUACUUUUGGAGUUGGCCCAGCUGGUGUCACAUGACUACCCCUCUGUGGAUGACAUGCUCAGCAAAAUGGCUGCCAUCAUCCUGCCAGUGACAAAAGCACAAUACUGUACUGUUUUCAUCUCAGAUGACAACUCCACGGGGCCUUUUUCAAGGAUGGUCCAUAUUGAAGACACCAAUGGCUCUGUCCAAUGUUCCACAAGGGAUUGUGACACUAGUGACACCAGCUGCAUGUAUGCUGUUGAUGUGCAAAACUCUAUGGAGACGCUGAACUUUGCCAACAGGCCUGCCCAGAUUUCCAAGGUCUCUCAGAUUAGAAGUUUGAUUGGCACACCUCUGAGAGGCAAACAGAGAGGUAACGUCAUAGGUGUGUGCCAGCUAGUCAAUAAAAGAAACAUGGCCCGCUCUGAGACAGAAGUUUUUAGCCGAGCUGAUGAGCUCCUCCUGGAGGACUUUGCGGUGUACUGUGCUCUAGGAUUGCAGAAAUUCAACACGCAGCAGAAGGCAGAUAAAACCAGAGCCAGGCUGGCUGUUACUAAAGAGGUCUUAUCUUAUCAAAUCUCUGCUUCACAAGAAGAGAUUAAUGACUUAGAGGAGUCCGUCAUCCCAUCAGCAGAUGCUCUCUGCCUACUGGAUUUUGGCUUCAGUGAUUUUAAUAUUUCCCAGGCUGCCAUGACUCAGGCCGUUGUGCGCAUGUUCCUGGAUCUUAAUUUGCCCCAGCAUUUCAACAUUGAGUACAAGACCUUGUGUCAGUGGGUUUUGAGCAUACGGAAGUGCUACAGGAAUAAUGUGGUCUAUCAUAACUGGAGUCACGCAUUAUGCACUGCCCAGUGUAUGUUUGCCAUGCUGCAGACAAAGGACCUACAGAGUAAUUUUAGCAGUCUGGAGGUUCUUGCUCUCAUGAUUGCCUGUCUGAGCCAUGAUCUGGACCACAGAGGUGUGAAUAACUCCUAUAUAGAGAGGAGUAACCAGCCUCUGGCACAGCUGUAUGGCCACUCAUCCCUAGAGCACCAUCAUUAUGACAUGUGCCUUUUCAUUCUCAACAACCCCGGCAGUCAGAUUCUCAGCUCACUCUCACUGAAGGAAUACAGGGCCUGUGUGCAGAUGAUUGAGAAGAACAUUCUGGCAACAGACCUUGCUAUUUAUAUAGAGAAGAGAACUAAGUUCUUUAAACUUGCUCAGAAUAACAGCUGUCUUUGGAAGGAUGAAGGACAUAGAGAACUGCUGAGGUCAAUGCUAAUGACAGCAAGUGACAUAUGUGCAAUAACCAAACCAUGGCCAGUUCAGAAGCAGAUUGCUGAACUUGUAGCAACAGAAUUUUAUGCACAAGGAGACAGAGAAAGGUGUGAAUUCAACACUCAGCCAAUUGAUUUGAUGGACCGUAAAAACUCCGCUCGUUUACCUCACAUGCAGGUUGACUAUAUCGACGGGAUUUGCUCUCCGCUCUAUGAGGCCCUGGCCAGCAUUUGUGAGUCCUGUUCUCCUCUGAAAGAAGGUUGCAGAAGGAACAGAAAACACUGGCAACAGCUGGUGGACUGCAGAAAGGAAGAAGAAAGGAUAAAAAUGAAAGGACAAAAUGGAGAAAAUGAAGAAGCAAGUUAAAGCAGAACUCUCUCGGGGGACCAUUCAUAGAGUGGACCAGCAAGAGAGGAAACAAAACUCAAAGUCGCAUCUGAUAUUCAGAUUAUUACUAUAUACUAUAUACUAUAUAUUUCUCAUUUUCUAAGAUAUGAUUAUUAACACUCACCAUCUGGUUUAGAGUCAACACUAAAACAAUGAAAAGAGGGAAAAACCUAACUAGCUAGUAAAAUAAAGUAAAAGAGAUGGACUUGAAAGAGAUUGAUGCUGGUAUAAUAUAUCACAAGUUAUGCCAUUCUUGAUUAUCAAAUACGCCACAGACUUUAUAUGGGAAAUAUUACAAAUUACACAAGACUAGUUCUUGGCUGGCUUUGUCAUACUAAUGAAUAGUUACUCAAUCAUUGGUUGCUCUUUGUUUUACAGUACAGUGUAAAUAUCUAAGAAAAUACUGGGUAAUAUAAGGUAACUACAGGGGUUAACAUUAGGUUUAAGGGUAGGUUAUUACCCAGUUAUUGUAAUUACUGUAAUAGUGCAUGGGGAAUAGGACUGUAAAAUAAAGUGCUACCAAAUGAUUUUAUGAAUUUGGUAACACUUAAUUUUAAGGUGGUGUAGGAACACGUUACUACUUGUACUUACUUGGAUAAGUACAAUGUAACUACGUCACCUUAAAAUAGUGUAACCAUGAAUUUUCUUUAAAAAUACAUACGUGUUAAAUAUUUGUUGAGUUGUUUUAGACAAGAAGGCACAACUUUUCUGUUCGUUCCUCAAAAGGAUUCAUUUUAAUUAAACUCGUGCUGGUUCAACUGAAAACAUAAAAACAUAUUGUUGAUGGAGUGAUUUCUAAUAAUACAAUUAUUUUGAAUAUAAAACAUGAAAAACAAA